GCCGAUAUUACGUCGUAUGGAUUGACAUCCUUGUUGCCAUGCUCAUCCAAAGAUGACAUCCGGGCAUCGAUCUCGUCGCUACAAGUUGCUGAGGAAGAGGGGAUGGCUUUAAACUUAUAUAACAAACUUCAUGAGGCAGACCCCGUCGACUUCUCAAACCAGCGGUUAUAUCUGCCUUGCAUCAAGUUCCGUCUCACCAAUAUCCAGCGGAGGCACGAUCAAGAUGAAGAAAGAUAUUUCACAUAUGACUUGAGGGCAAAGGGGCUUCGUGACUUGCUCAUCAUCACAGACAAAGAACUCAUGUACUCGCAAAAAACUAAAUUCUUCCUCGUCCGUCCCUGGGACUGUCGUCUCCUCGAACUGCUUGACCAUUCGAGCGAUACGGAGAGCAUCGACAAUCUAUCCUGUUCCCCAUCCCCAUCAGAUUCACAUGGCGGGUUCCCUGGAGAUGACGAGUCGCUUGGUUCGGAAUCGGGCGAACAAGCGUUACAAUUGAUUGCUCACCUCAAACAGCCUUUCAGGGCAUUUUUGCUAAUGCACAAACGCGCCAAAGAAUACACGAGAAUCGUACCAGAAUAUGAUAUCAUUGCACAAGUCGAAGAAACGACUUCUAUCCAAAACAUGACGAAAUGGGUCAAGAGAGUAGAAGUGGUGUAGCUUUGAAGAGUAGAGGAAUUUUCAGAUACCCUUUCCAUGCUGCUAUAGACGCUCCUCCCG